AGACAGCCUGGUUAUAAACCCCCAUUCACCAGCUUUGUAACUAGGGCAGAACUCUUCUCUGUGCUGUUUCCUCAUCUGUAAAAGGGGGACGAUGACAAACGAACUGGUAAUUGUAAAGAUUUAGAACAAUUCUUGGCACACAGCAAGUGCUACAUGUUUUGUAUUAUUAUUUAAAUAAAAUCAGGCAUCUAUAUAUAUUAAGCUUUUGUUAAUCAAAAGGAAAAAAUUCAAAGAUAACCUGCAGGCUGCUUUGAAGAACAGACAACAGAGGGCAAGGGCGAAAGCAGGAAAAACUGUGGCUUCUGCCACCAGGCCCAGCAAGUGAUAAUGGGGGCUCAGAUCUAGCUCAGUAUCUCCUGUGUGCCACACACCGUGUGAAGCACAUGGUAUGACCUGCCUCACUCAGUCCCCACUAUCUGUGAACAGUCCCAUGGCCUCUACUUGUCAGAGGAGGAAACUGAGUCCCAGAGAGACUAAGUAACGUGCGCAUGGUCACACAGUUUUCCAAGGUUGGAUCCUUAACUUCUACCCAAUAAUAUUCUUUUGUUUAUUCGCUAUCCCACAGAACUUCCGGAAAGAAUCUGCAGGUCCUCAUCCCAGAACCAUUAAAACUAGACAAGGAUUUUUUUUUUUCCAGAAAUCUAGUUGGAGCUUCUUGGCAGCCAAAGCAAGGAGAAAAAACAGAAGACUAGCUCCUAUCUCUUGCUCCCCGAAGGAUCAGUACUUCUUGGGUACAAAAUAUGUCAGUGGGAAAUAGGAAGGGCCAGACUGUAGGGUCCAUCCCAGCCUGGCCUCUUCCAUCUUACAAACAUCAUCCCCCCACCACCUUGUACACACACACCUGUGUAUAGAAAGAAUCCUUUAGGAUUGGGAGGUAUUAGGGUACAGAGAUUGCCAACUCCAGAAAUGUCCCUGAGCCACCCCUCAAGAACCGUCCCAGGGUUCACAAGGCACAUUGACAACCUAUGUGAGGCCAGCUUUUCUGUGCUGAGGAGCUGGACUCUCACUCUGUGCUGGGCAUCCUCUGCCAACAGUCCCUGCUGGAGCGACCUCCUCACACAGUGGUCUAAGCAGCAGGUAGCUAGCUGAAGGGGUGUGGGAAGCUGACAGCAGCUGGUCCCACCACAGAGUUUGUACAGUGUGACACUCCCACCCACAGUUCCCCCACCUCACCAGUGAGUGGUCACCACGAUUGCUCUUAAGAUACAUUUCAUCAGGGGGUAUGUGGCUGGCCCAGUUGGUAGAGCAGGUGACUCUUGAUCUUAGGGUCAUGAGCUUAAGCCCCACAUUGGGUGUAGAGCUUACUUUACAAUAUAAGAUAUAUUUCAUCAAAACUAUAGAAGCGUGGCCAAUUACAAGCAGUGACUUGGGACCAUAAGGUAGUGGGUGAGUUUGUCAGAGCAACAGCUCACAAGCCAGUUCUCUGGUGACCUUGAAGCUGGCAUGCUAGCCCUGAACUACCUGCUUCCAAGGGAGGAACCCCCUUCCAUUCUUUUGAAGCCACUGGUGUUUGUAGUACAUGCCAUCACUGGUACAUGAAUCCUGUCAGACUGUUCUGUCUUGGCCAAUGUGAGUGUCACUCAAUGGGAGACAUAUGGGACUGGCUGGGGGCAGGGGUAAAUAAUGGUGAAUGAAGGGCAGAUUGGGAGUGAAUGGUGGCAAGGAGAGACAGAGGGGGAUGGGAGGGAGGUGCAAGAGUAGAGUGGAAUGAAAGUGGGUAGUGUGGAGCCACAUGAGGGAAUGCCUGUGCAUUUGAUCUUGAAUUAAUCAAGAUUAUGGAUGAGACUGAGUAAGUGAUAGGAAAUUGAGGAUUGGGCUAAAGUGACCAAAAGUGAAAGUAGGAGCAGACUGAGUGAAUGGAGCAAUUCACACGGUGAAUGUGUAUGGAGUUGAUAAAGCAGGAGAGUGCAAAUUGUUUUGAGCACAGAGGACCAGAGUGUGAAUAAAUGAUGGUUUAUGGGGCAUGUUAAGGGUGAGAGAGGUGAAUUUAGGUGGAACGUGGGAGGGAAUGGAGGUAAUGUGGGGCAUAGAGGGAAGAAUGGGGAGCACAAGGGACAGAAGAAGAGGGACUGAAGCCAUAUACAUGGUAGAACGUGAAUGUGUGAAUCAGGUUGAGUUCGAGUGGCGACACUCUGAGGGAGAAGGGGAGUGGCUAGAGUGAAUGAGGGGCAGACUGGGACCAGACAGGGGUGAUGCGGGGCUCCAGGAAUGUCCAGAGAUCCCAGCAUCCAUCAACCAGGUGAAGGAGAUGCCGCAUGUGCAUGAAUGGAGCUAAUGCUGGGCAGAGUAAGAGGGAAUAGAAGCAAAAAGAAGACGGCAAGUCACUGUGGGGACUGUGAGCCAAAGGGAAAGACAAAGGUCACAGGUCACAUGGCCCCAAGUGAAUAAACUGGGGAAACAUGGGGACCAGUGUUAGCAAAAAGUGGUGAAUUCAGGGCAGAGUGUGAUUGGAUGAAGGUACUAUGGGGCAGAAUGAAAACAACUAGACAUGAGAUCAGGUGCAGAAUGGGAGUGGUUCCAGGAGGAACAGGGGUUACACUGGAAAUUUCUAUGAGUGAGAUUGUUUCGAAGAACAAGAGGCAGAGUUAACGGAGUCAACAAAGAGAAAGUGAGGAAUGGGGCUGAGCAAGCGUAGAAGGAGAAUCUGUGGGUAACCUGAGCUAGUGUCAGGGAAUGGGGGUAAAUGUGGGAGCGGUGUUGGAGAGAACAAAGGUGAAGAAGGGGCAGCAAGAGAGUGAAUGAGGGAGAGAAUGAGGCCCAGAGCCCAGGAACCAAGUGGAAGGGUGGGCUACAUGAGCAUGAAUGGGAGCCGCUUCGUGCGGUGUCAAGGAGCAGAGGGGAACGUGGAAAAUGAGAGUCUGAGAGUGAGCGGAGGUGAAGUAAUACGACAUGAGAGAACUGGGGCCAUGUGAGGAGAGGGUUAAGGAACUGUGGCCAUAGGAGGCCCAGCGUGCAGGAAGGGUAGUGGACAAGAGGCAGUGUAAGUGAACGGUGCAGGGUUGGGGGGUGGGAAUGAAAGCUGGAACAAGAAUGGAGGCAGAACAGCAGUUAAGGGCACAUCUCCGUCACGUGUCGUGUAUAAUAUGUAGUGGAGGGCACAGUGUGAUCGAAUGGGGCAAACGUGGCCAGAUCCCAGGAAAUUAGGGCAUAGUAAGUGAAGUGAACAGGUGCCAAGAAUGGGUAAAUGGAGGUAACAAGGGCGGAAGGCGAGGGCAUGGUGGCCAUAUUGUGCAGAGCAUGAGAAACCGAGGUGGUAGGAGGCAGUGUGGUGAACCGAGCUGACUGCUGAGCAGAGUGAGGGGAAUGGAGGCGAUGAGGGGCAGAAUGAGUGGAAAUGGAGGGAACCAAGUGGUAGAGCAAGAUUAAAAACAGGGCAGUGGCACCAUGUUAAGGAAAGUGCGGGAAUGUGGGCUGAGCGUGAGGCCCAGGGCCUGAGUCCUAUCUCUGUGUCUCCAGCUCCUUUCUUCCUGAAUCUCUUUCUGACAUCUCAGGGUUUCUCCCUGGUUUUGCCCCCUCCCAUCUUUAUGUACAGGUCAGUAUCUUUUUUUCCCUUGUGUGUCCGUCUCUAACAGAGAUGGCACUGGGAAAGACAGUGAGGGUGUCCAGUCCUCUGGCUUCUGUGUUCCAGAAUCUACUACAUGGUGUUUGCUCACAGGGCCCGGAGUUCCAGAAUGCCCCUAGUUCUGAACAGGGCAGCAUCUGAGUCUAGAGCAAAGAGUUGGAUAGGAGGGCCUAUGGGUGUUAUCAUGCAGACCUGCGUCACUGUGAUGGUGACUCUGGCCACACUGAUGGUCGCUACCGUGGAUGCGAAGAUCUAUGAACGCUGUGAACUGGCAGUGAAGCUGGAGAAGGCAGGCCUCAAUGGCUUCAGGGGCUACAGCAUUGGAGACUGGCUGUGCAUGGCACACUAUGAGAGUGGCUUUGACACCUCCUUCGUGGACCACAAUCCUGACGGCAGCAGCGAGUACGGCAUUUUCCAGCUGAACUCUGCCUGGUGGUGCAACAACGGCCUUACACGCACCCAGAACCUCUGUCACAUAGAGUGUCAAGACCUGCUCAACCGCCAUAUUCUAGAUGAUAUCUUGUGUGCCAGGCAGGUGGUGUCCUCACAGGAUGGUAUGGCUGCUUGGGAUUCAUGGACCCGGCACUGUUCUGGCCAUGAUUUAUCUGAAUGGCUCAAGGGAUGCAAUAUGCAUGUGAAACCUGACGCAAAGAAGGUUAAUCAUUCGUGACUCGGUUUCCCAGAAGAAGAGAUUUUCUUUUCCUUUCUUUUCUUUCUUCUGUGGUUUUAAUAAAGAAUGGUAUCUAUAAACUAGACAAGCGUCCUCUGAUGCCUAACUCUCUUCAUUUUCCCAAUGCUUGGAGGUACCCCCCCCAUUUAAUCACUGCCCACAUACAUUCAAAGCUCUCAUCAGGGACACCAUAUUGCUUGGGGUGAAGGUAAGAGCAUAGCUUCUCCUGGGUUCAAAUACCAUCUCUACCACUCAGGAGCUAUGUUGCAUCGGGCAAGGCAUUUAACUUCUCUGUGCCUCUGCUUCCUCAUUGGCAAAAUGAGGGUGAUAACGGUAGUACCUACUUCAUGGGAUUGUUGGGAGAAUUAAAUGAAUGAAUGUUUGGAAAGCACCUAGAGUGUCACAAGGCAGUUAUCGGUCUGGAGAUGGAAGGGUGGGAUGAGGAGCUAUGAAAAUUCGCUUUCCUUAAAAAGCAGUCACUACAGAGUCUUUAAUUAAGGUAGAUACAGUCUCUCCAUGGAAAAUAAGAUUGAUUUCAGCUUACACAGGAAACUCAGUGGGAAUUAAAGUGUUCACAUUCUCCCACACCCUCCCAUAUCUCCCUAUUCUAACAGUUGGCCCCGCACUCCCUCUUUCAUAAGUAAUGGUAAAUUUUGAAUGACAGGGUGGGAAUCUAGGCCAGGAAUUCAAUGGAUGCGCAGGGUAGUAAUUUCUUUUUUUACAGAAUGACUGGAUUUGGAUCUGUGUCUUGGGCAGAGAAUUUAGGAAUUUAAACUUGCCACUCUCUUUACUGGCCCCAUCUGAAGCAACCACACCUGUGAGGAAGCAGUCCCUCAUGCCUUUUGUACUUUUUGAUUAUGGGUGGAUAUUCACCUACCCAGAGUCUUGUUUUCAGUGUUUACUUCAUCCAGGGUAAGCACAGAUGAUCAUUAAAGCAGAUAUCCACCAGUGGGAGAAUGACCGAGCCCCCCUCCUUAAUGCCAUUUUGAUUUCUCCUGCCUUCAGCCCCAGCCAGCCUGGAGGGCCCAAUCUCACACUUCCCUGGAGAUCCAUAAAGAGUGCCAUCACUCUGGGUACUGAUUUCUAUAUUCAUCAAAAGCAGCAAAAAUGAACUCUGCUGAACUUAAGUAAAAAGUAGAUCUCCUAAAAUCUU